AUGAUUGAUGUUCCGAAGACGCGGAAGAGUCGGCUAACUCACUGCUCGAUAGUGAUUUUCUGCAUCCUUGAGCUUUUCACGUGUGUUGGUGGAGUUUUUGGUAACCAUCCUCCCAGAUUCCUGAUAGAUGGACACUCAGAAAUUGUGCUCAGACUGAAGGAGGGCCCAGACACUCCUGUUGGAUCGCUGAUAUACCGACUGAAGGGAGUCGAUCCGGAUGGGGAUCCGCUCACGUUUGGCAUCAAGGACACAAUCCCAGGAAGUGAGGUUCUGAGAGUUGAGAAUGUCGGAAUGAAUCAGGCUAACUUGUUCUUAGCCCAGGAACUAGAUAGAGAAACCAAAGAUGAGUAUUCGAUAGUGUUAACACUGACAGACAAUCGCCUUGGGGAUGGAAAUUUCGUUACCCAAAGUCUUCUUCUGCUGGUCGAGGACGUCAACGACAAUGAGCCCAUAUUUAAGCCUUUCCAGGCCGCACUAGAAGUCCCCGAAGGCAGUCGUCCGGGAGUAAUCACAACGGUGGAAGCAACCGAUCGAGACGAAGGUGCCUUCGGACAAGUUAUCUACUACCUCCAAGAGCUCGAUGGUGACAAUGAUGUGUUUUCCAUAACCACUACACAGGGCAAGGGUGUAAUUCGCUUAAUGAGAGAGCUCGACUAUGAACGCAAGAGUCUCUAUCAGUUGCGCAUCCUGGCCGUGGAUCGAGCGAAUCAGGGCGCAGUAAAUACGGGAAGUGCAGCAUUGCUGGUAAAAGUCAAAGACAUGGAGGACCAGCCACCGGAAUUUGUCGCCGUGACGCCCGUGAUUCGGGUGUCUGAAGACAUUCCGCUGGGUUCAAAAGUUGCUCACGUUAAGGCAAUAGACGGUGAUCGGGGAGUCAACAAUGAAAUUCGGUACUCCAUGAGGAAUGGCUUUGGAUUGUUUGGCAUCCACGAAAAAUCAGGCGUUAUUGUAACAGUUAAGACACUCGACAGAGAGAAUCCCGACAAUCAGAUAAAUGGGGCAUACAUUGUGGAGGUUGUUGCCACGGAGAAGUCCAAGAUCGUCAACCCACCACCAUCCGUUAGGACGGAAAUCACCAUCAUUCUAACGGAUGUGAAUGACGAGACACCGAGAUUCAGGGACAAAUCGUAUGAGUGCGAAGUGAACGAGAAUGCUCAGGAGAACACACCACUCACAUUCAUCGGACACUCGGCCAUCAAUGAAAUCUUCGAUCACGACCAAGGCCUCAAUGGCACUUUCGAUUUGGCCCUGGUUCCACCCAAUGAAAUCUUCGAAGUCACACCCAGUCGAGCGAUCAAUGAAGCCACAUUCCUGAUUCGAGUUAAGGACUCAACGUUCCUAGACUUUGAAAAAGUCACUCAACUCAACUUUACUCUCGUGGCACGGGAAGUGGCUGAUAAGAGCAGGUGGACGUCGGUGCCAAUUAAGAUUCACAUUCGCGAUCAGAACGACAAUUUCCCGGAAUUUGCCAACAGGAUAUACGAAGUGUCAAUUCCGGAGAACAGCGGAGUGGGCACAACUGUGGGACAAGUCGAUGCCUUUGACCUGGAUUCGGGUAAUUAUGGCACUCGAGGCAUAAGAUACACAAACAUGGGCGGAGGAAUAGCUCAUCUUCUUCAUCUGAACGCAAUAUCAGGAGUGAUCACUGUUAAAUCUCCCGGAGGACACUCCUUCGAUCGGGAAUUGGUAUCGCGCCAUUACUUAACAGUUGAGGCAAGGGACAACUUAGGUCAGGGAAACAGAAACACUGUCCAAUUGAUAGUCAACAUUGAAGAUGUCAAUGACAAUUCCCCGGUCUUUGUCCAAAGCAAAUAUGAGGUCAGACUAAUGGAAAACAAGGUGACAUUCGAAACACCCUUAAUUGUCGAAGCCAAGGACAAUGAUCUCAAUGGAACGAAAAACAGUGACAUCACAUACGAACUGGUGGACGGAGAGUUCAAAGACAACUUCACAAUUGACUCGAAGACUGGCCUAAUUGAACCCACAGGCUCAAUGGAUUUUGAAUUAAUCGCCGGCGGAAGUUCCAAUGUGCGACCGAUUUAUCUCACUGUCAGUGCCAAAGAUGCGGGGAUUCCUAGUCUCUCAGCUCGAGUUCCAGUCGUUGUAUAUUUACACGAUGUCAAUGAUCACGCUCCUCAAUUCCAGCACUCCUACUACCGUCGAGCUAUCCACGAAGAUCUCCCAAGUGGAUCUUCAAUUCUGGAAGUGAAGGCGUCCGACAAGGAUGGAUCGGCACCAAACAAUCUAGUGGUUUAUCGUAUCCAGAAGGGAGCGAGUGACAAAUUUGUCAUUGGAAGUGACACAGGAAUCAUAUCAAUAGCGCCUGGUGCAUCACUGGAUCCGGAUCUCACGAAUCCCAAGGUGGAUCAGUACUCACUCGUCGUGGUGGCAUUGGACAGUGGAAUUGGUGAUCAGCAAAUGAUGACUUCGACGGUUGUCAACAUCACCAUAAUCGAUGUGAACAACAAACCACCGCAUUUUGCAGAUCCUGGAACAGUGUCUGUCAAGGAAAACACUCCUGUUGGAACGUAUGUCUAUCGCUUGAUGGCCACUGAUACAGACGCUAAACCCAUACUGAGAUACAGUGUGGAUUCCUCAACAUCUGAGGCACGAUCUGAUGAAGGUGCAAUUGUAAAACUAUCCGAAUAUGACUAUUUGAGUGCCUUCGAGAUUAAUGCAGUUGAUGGACUAGUUCGGGUAGUCAAACUAAUUGACAGAGAAAAAGUAGAACAGAUCAAACUCGGUUUCACAGUCGAGGACAUUGCAGCGGCGAAAGGGCGGCAAAUUGUACCAGGAACCUUAUCAAUACAGAUUGAGGAUGAGAAUGAUAACAGUCCAAAGUUCAGGAAGCCAUUCUACAAACGAUCCAUCACAGAAAACAGUCCAAAUGGUGUGACGAUAGUCAAUAUUGUGGCUUAUGAUGUGGAUAAGAAUCGCACAAUAACGUAUUCCUUGGAAGGUCCAUCAGAUAUCACAGAUCUUGUGCAUCUCGAUUCGGAGUCAGGAGAAAUUGUGGUGGCCAAUAAGAUUGAUCAUGAGAUUCACAAGUGGCUCAAUUUCACUGUCAAGGCAACGGAUUCAGGCAUUCCCAGUCGGUCGUCACUCGUUGAUGUGUUUCUCGAUGUUAUUGAUGAGAAUGACAACAGACCAUACUUUUUGGGCGACAUGAGAAAUUUAUCAGUGUCUGAAAACUCUCCUGUUGGCACCAAAAUUACCACAGUGAGAGCUGAAGAUGCAGAUUCAGGUGACUUUGGCAAGAUCACCUAUUUAAUGGACAGAAUCAGUUCCCAAGGAAAGUUCACCAUCGAUGCCGAUACAGGAGUGAUCACGGUGGCAGAUAAACUUGAUCGUGAAGUUAAGGAUGAUUACAUGAUUGUCAUUGAAGCUUGGGAUAAUUAUCAGUUUGGCUACUUGAGCGGCGAGAGUCGAAACACAUUCAAGCAACUCUUCAUCAAAAUUCUGGAUGAAAACGAUUCUCCACCUAUUCUUCAUCUUCCUGUCGGUUGUGUUCAGAUAACUGAGUAUCACGACCUGCGGGAAUUCAUUGCAAAAUUCAAAGCCACGGAUGCUGAUGAUCCUAAAACACCAAACGGAGUCGUUGAAUUUGAACUGCUAACCAACGAGAGCGCUGAUCUCUUCAAGAUUGUGAAAAUCGACUCUUGGUCUGCCGCGAUCUUCGCCAAACACUCUCUUCAGGGCUUCUAUGGGAAUUACACUCUCACCAUCACCGCCAGAGAUCUCGGAACUCCAGCCAAUGUAGUGUCACAGAAGAUGGAAGUGUGCGUCUCGGACUUCAACGAUCACGCUCCGAUCUUCGUGUCGCCAGCCAAUAACAUCACAAUCAGGAUUCCUGAAAAUGCCACUGUGGGAAGUCCUGUGAUUCAGGUGAUAGCGAGAGAUGACGAUGUUGGACCGAAUGCUGCGGUGUUGUAUCGCUUGAAGCCCGAUCCGAUCGGCAGUUAUCGGAUGUUUGAGAUCGACUCGAAAACAGGAAUGAUCUCACUCAAGCAUCAACUCGACAGGGAGAGACAGAGGAUUCAUGAGAUCCGCGUGGAAGCGUACGACCAAGGAAUUCCAACUCCUCUGAGUUCAGAUCUUGAUCUCACAGUUUACGUGCGAAAUGUCAAUGACUAUGAACCACAAUUCCUGGUGGAGGAGAUCAUGGUGAAUUUCACAGAACAUUCUCAUCCAGGAAUGGAGAAGAGGAAACUUCCGGACACUGUUGAUCGCGAUGAAGUGGAUGAACUCGAUGAUCCGCCAAGUGUUGUUUGCUACUACAUCGUCUAUGGGAAUGAAGACAGUCUUUUCCAACUGGAUCCCGAAUCUCACAUUCUCACGUUGUCUCGUGAAUUGGACAGAGAAGUGAAGGCAAAUCACACGCUGAUAGUGAAGGCAACGGAGGAUUGUGUCAACGUUCCAAAAGCUCUCAAUGCAGACAGUCCAGUGCCGGCGCCAAUUAAGCGACAACUUCCUGACAUGAAUCGCACGCAAGCCAGAACAAAGACGUACAGCAGUAAGUAUAUUGAUUACUUUGAUCGAUACAAGCAUUCCAGGAAUCUUCGGAGUAUCGAGGAGGAUGCUGAGGAUCUCCGGGAUCCAAUCUAUGAGAGUUUGGAGAGUGGAGCUUUGCUGUCUGAAGACAGCACAUUAGUGCGGAUUACAGUAUUUGUCAAUGAUAUCAACGAUAAUGCGCCCAAAUUCACCAGCAAAGUGUUUACUGGUGGAGUGACGACGGCUGCAGACUUUGGGAUGAAGUUCAUGCAAGUGAAGGCUCUGGAUAAGGACGAUGGCGAGAAUGCAAAGAUAGCGUAUUAUCAAAUUGGCAACAUCCAGAAGACACUCACCGAAGGCUUAGACAGUCUGCAAAAGCCACCCUUCCUCGUCGACGUGAAUACGGGAGAGAUUCAGCUUAACUUCGAUCCACUGAAGGGCAUGAAGGGAUACUUUGAUUUCAUGGUGGUGGCAAAUGACACGGAUGGUCUUCAGGACAUCGCCCACGUCUUCAUCUAUCUCUUGCGAUCCGAUCAACGCGUGAAGAUUGUUCUGCGACAGCAACCGCCUGAAGUGCGCGAUAAAGUCGAUGACUUCCGCCGGAUCCUGGGCAAUGUCACCAAUGCCAUAGUGAAUGUGGAUGAUUUUCGCAUACAUGAGAACAAGGAUGGGUCAGUGGAUAAGACGAAAACCGAUGUGUACUUGCAUCUGGUUGAUCCGAUGGACAAUUCCAUUCUCGAAGUGGGAGAUGUUCUCCGGUUGAUCGAUCAGAACAUUGAGAAGCUGGAUGAUCUCUUCAAGGAGUUCAAUGUCUUGGACACUCAACCCGCCGAGGCAUUGCUACUAACCAGCGAAAUGACCGGCAGAUCGUUCCUCAUUUGGCUGGUCUUCUCAAACCUAAUUGUUGGUGCUCUUCUGAUCAUACUUCUCGGGAUUUGCAUGUCCCAGAGAUCCAACUACAAGAGGCAACUCCGUGCAGCGAGAGUUAAUACUUUUGGACCGACAGUGCCCGAUCUCGCUGGCCGCGGAGUGGCUUCGAGGGUUCCAAACACCAACAAACACAGCAUGGAGGGCAGCAAUCCCAUCUGGCUGAAGGCCUACGAGAACGAGUGGUUCAAGAACGACGAUAACUUUAGCCAGGGCUCCGGCAAUGACUCAAUCGAUGAAAAUAUUAUAGUCAACGAUCAAUACAACGCGAAACAGAACAAGAAUAUUAAUACUCAGAACGACAUAAAUCGCCAAUUCAAUGUGUAUCAGCAAAUUGAUAAGCUAACAAACGCUCACAUUUUGGCCAAGAAAUUGGAAACAACCGAACUGUAGAUCGGCGGGGGAAUGCAUUUAACUUAUGAAUUAAUUUAUGUAGAAUGAAAUGCCUUUUGUAUCACUUUUUGAUGAGUAAAUUAGUCC